CACAUAUUCACAUUCGUAUUGGCAGAAUAUCCGCUUUGCGAGUGAAGCGGAGUUGAAGGACAAACCCCAUUGGUUGAACCAGCCGACAUAACAAACGUCACAGCAAUGCCGGAACUGUCCCAGAAACAAACAGGCAUGCAUCAACAACAUUCCAGCCACGCGAAAGAUUUCAAAUCGUUGUAUAGGUAGGCUGCCUUAAAUGAUGUUGUAUUUUUCUCUGUCGUUAUUCAUUUCAGCAACGACAUUAGUCUCUUCGCCGUAAUUAAAUAAAUGAGCGGAUGUUUUCUGGAUGAGGAGAAGUUUCACAUUUGCUGCAAGGACCUUCUACAGCAUUCCGACACCGUCAGAGACGGUUGGACUUGGGUGCAGGGACAGAGCACGGAGAAUGGCUACCUCAAGAAGAAUACCCUGGGGCCUGGGAGAGUGGGCUGCAUCACGGACCAGGAUAAGGAAGAGAGGGGAGCAGGAACAGCCCCAAGCCAUCUUACAGCCACGCUGACCAGGCAGGUUCCACCGGACUCUGAGGGACAGCAGAUGUUAACUGCUAAGGUGACUUUUGAUGAUGAUGAUGAUGAAGAUGAUGAUGUUAUUGACGAUAAUGAGGACGAAGAGCUCACCUGUAGCAGUGUAUCCGAAGGCAGCAACCAGGUGGUUCAGUACGAGUAUCACAUCCUCUACUCCUGCAGCUACCAGACCCCUGUACUCUACUUCAGAGCCUCCACACUCGAUGGUAGGAGUCUGUCUCUAGAGGAGGUGUGGAACGGAGUUCAUCCCAAUUACAGAAUCAGACUCCAGAACAGCCCCUGGGAUUCUAUCACACAACAGGAACACCCAUUGCUGGGCCAGCCUUUCUUUAUGCUCCACCCCUGUAAGACAGAGGAGUUUAUGCGGCCUGUGAUGCAGGCAGCCCUGGAGGAACACAGGCAGGUGAACUAUGUAGUGACAUGGCUGAGUGUGGUGGGUCCAGUUGUGGGGCUGGACAUUCCUCUCAGCUACUCCACACAGGUCCUACCUCCCUCACCUCUCCAGCCCGCCCAGGGAGCCAGGCAGACGUAGACAGGUACCCCUCCACACCUCUCCACCCUCUCUGGGGAACUGACUGCUCCACCUCUCCUCCUUGUCAGCCAGUGAGAGAGAGGUACCAGUUACCUCCUCCACCAAUCCUCUGUGGGUUUGGAGUCAGCCAGACUGAACCAGGGACUGUGUCUGUCUCAUGGACACACACACAGAUGUGUCUGAAAUCCACCCCUGAAGUACAGAUUAAGUUUGGGGUGGCUGAUUCAUACUUUACAUGGUAAGUUCAUGUGGGGGGGCAAGGUUAACCCACUAUGUACUUGCGGAGAGAGCACAUGGAACACUGCUGACCUCUGCUGGUGGUGCCUGAACAUUACAGCCAUCUGGGCUGCUUGACUGUAUUCCUCAAGGCAAUAACUUCAUGUAGAGGUCCCUAAUGUGUUUUUUGUCGACACCUGAAUAAUAAAAAUGCAGCACAUCUGAUGCUUUCUCAUGCUUACAAACGUGACAAAUCAUCCUGUUUUGCUUUCUCCACUCCCAAAAUAGUUAACCUUUAGUACUUUGGAAAUGAAGUUGCUUAUAUGUCUCUAUGUAUGUGUCUUUGUCUGUAUUGUAGUUGACAUUGAUGAAGAAUUGUGCAUAUGUUUUUGAUAUUAAUCUUUCACAACCUCAACUUAAAAGACUACCAGACACUGA